AUGGCAAAGUUAAUUCGUCGCUCAUCACUUACAUCCAGAAUUCUGAAUUUCCCUAUUAACGUUUUUAUUUCCGUCUCUGAAGACUUUGACAGCGUGGAAUGGGACAAGGUUUCUGAGAGAUGGUCCAUUCCUUUGAGUCUAGUGUCAAAUAUACUAUUUAUCUUUAUACGUGCAUACCUAGAAAACACCAAGCUGCGAUUGAAUCGUAGUCAACUCUUUGUGGGAGCCAAAUCAGCCAAGGCUACGAAUUCUUGGUUUAGAGGGUUUCUUUCAUUCUUUUCAUUAUGCCUUGUUGUUUUCAGUAUCAUCAAUAUCCUGAGUUGCUUUUAUUUCCAAAAAAAGACGUACAGAACACUCCCGCAACCUGAUAAGAAUGUUCAAACAACGCCCGGUUUACGAUCUGCUCAAUUGGAACCCAGUGAAAAUGAAAACAAAUGUUUUGAACUGAUUGUUUGGUCCCCCAACAGAUUCUCUCUUUAUUUUUCAUGUCUUUUUUCUCCUAUUCAUCUAUUUAUUCUAUGGGUUUACAUUCAGUCUCCUAAAAUUAUUCUUUUGAGCGUCAUAUUUUCUCUUCUGCUAUUUUUCAUUGCUAGGAAAUUUGUAGAUAUGAUGAAGGAUAAGGAUUGCCUUCAUCAGCAAGUUUUUUAUGAGUAUGAUAAAAAGUUUGUUGAACCUCGACUUUCCGUUGCAAAAAGAGAUGUUGCUACAAAUACUAGUUAUGGUCCAGUGAGUGCUGCAGUUGAAUAUUAUUCCCCAAGACGACCAAUCGAUGCGUUUUUGGAACACAAAACCUCUCCCUCUGUUCGCAGUCCUAAAACUCCCGGUAGUCCUCUUUUCACAUACCGGAGAGGAAACCGACACUCUCUUGCCUCUUCGGUUCCUAGGGAAACCAAUUCUCCAUUGAAACGAUUUUCUCGUUUUCCUGCUGAAAGGCGGCAGUUUGAGAGCUAA